GGACCCCAGGGAAGUCACCCUCCUGCACCAAGAAGGUAGGAAACAGGAGGGUGCCUACAAAUGUGUACAUUUUGCAUGUGUGUCAGUGUCUCUAUCUGUGUGUCCGUAUGUGUGUUAGUGUAUCUAUCAGUGUGUCUGCAUGUGUGCCAUUUUGUGCCCCUAUGUAUCUUUAUGUAUAUCAGUGUUUGUAUUUGCAUGAGUGUCGUGUGUGUCUGUGUAUCGGUGUUCCUGUGUAUCUGCAUUUGUGUCUGUGUAUCUGGAUGUCUGUCAGUAUGUGUAUCUGUGUAUAUGUGUGUGUGUGUCUAUGUACUUGCAUGUGUGUCAGUGUGUGCACCUGUAUGUCUGUGAAUCUGUAUGUCUGUCAGUGUGUGUAUGUGUAUAAACAUCAACACUACAUACAGACACACACCUGCACUCAAAGGCAAACACUACACACAAGUAAAACACUGCUGUCAAAUGGUGACAGUACGUAGAAACACACAACACUAUUAUACACAAAUACACCCGUACAUUCACAGACACAUAUACUCCAUACAAAAACAUGCUUACAUACGAACACUGCUCCCUGCUAAAUACAACCCUGCAAGAAUGGUCAAAUUGUAGAUCCCCAGCUGGCAAAGAAUUGUGGGAGUUGUACAACAGAUGGGGAUGUUCUUUUUUCCCAUCCUCACCACUGUUACCAUUGAAUGACAUCCGGGAAUUCCUGUCAUAAUAACCACUACAGCGUCAUGGCAUCAUAACCGCAAAGUUCUCGAAUGGAGCUGUGUCCUGGUAAGGCAGUGUUUUCUUCUAUGGAUGGUGAGCAAGCAGUGGAAGACUUGGCAAUGUGUCAGAAGAUGAGGGAAGGUAAGUGGCAUCUACAGAAGCAAUGAGCGAAGAGCUAACACCAUGCUCUCAGAGUAUAUAAUUGUGUGUAUUUAUAUGUUCUGUCCUUGGAAGGAGCUGUGUUUGGAGAAUACGUUGCAUGUUAGCUGUGACAAACUCCCCUUUUCCAGUGAGUUUGCCACGAGUUCCUGUAGGAGCCUGUUUCCCAGCCUCCUGCCCACAGAUUAUGGACCCUGUGAAAUACAGGGAGUGCAGAAUUAUUAGGCAAGUUGUAUUUUUGAGGAUUAAUUUUAUUAUUGAACAACAACCAUGUUCUCAAUGAACCCAAAAAACUCAUUAAAGGACCACUCUAGGCACCCAGACCACUUCAGCUUAAUGAAGUGGUCUGGGUGCCAGGUCCAGCUAGGGUUAACCCAUUUUUUCAUAAACAUAGCAGUUUCAGAGAAACUGCUAUAAUUAUGAAUGGGUUAAGCCUUCCCCUAAUCCUCUAGUGGCUGUCUCAUUGCCACACUAGAGGCGCUAUGCGUGCUUCUCACUGUGAUUUUCACAGUGAGAGCACGCUAGCGUUCAUAGGAAAGCAUUGUAAAUGCUUUCCUAUAGACCGCUGAAUGCGCUGCGCAGCCCUUUGCCGCAAGUGCGCAUUCAGUCGGGCGUAUGGAUCGAGGCGGAGAGGAGGAGGAGAGCUCUCCUAGCUGGUGUAAAAGUUUUUACCCCUUUCCCCUGAAUAUUUUUGGAAGUAGUUUUUAGUUUGUUUUUAGUUAUAGCUAUGUUAGGGGGAUAUCUGUGUGUGCAGGUGACUAUUACUGUGCAUAAUUAUUAGGCAACUUAACAAAAACAAAUAUAUACCCAUUUCAAUUAUUUAUUAUUACCAGUGAAACCAAUAUAACAUCUCAACAUUCACAAAUAUACAUUUCUGACAUUCAAAAACAAAACAAAAACAAAUCAGUGACCAAUAUAUCCACCUUUCUUUGCAAGGACACUCAAAAGCCUGCCAUCCAUGGAUUCUGUCAGUGUUUUGAUCUGUUCACCAUCAACAUUGCGUGCAGCAGCAACCACAGCCUCCCAGACACUGUUCAGAGGUGUACUGUUUUCCCUCCUUGUAAAUCUCACAUUUGAUGAUGGACCACAGGUUCUCAAUGGGGUUCAGAUCAGGUGAACAAGGAGGCCAUGUCAUUAGAUUUUCUUCUUUUAUACCCUUUCUUGCCAGCCACGCUGUGGAGUACUUGGACGCGUGUGAUGGAGCAUUGUCCUGCAUGAAAAUCAUGUUUUUCUUGAAGGAUGCAGACUUCUUCCUGUACCACUGCUUGAAGAAGGUGUCUUCCAGGAACUGGCAGUAGGACUGGGAGUUGAGCUUGACUCCAUCCUCAACCCGAAAAGGCCCCACAAGCUCAUCUUUGAUGAUACCAGCCCAAACCAGUAAUCCACCUCCACCUUGCUGGCGUCUGAGUCGGACUGGAGCUCUCUGCCCUUUACCAAUCCAGCCACGGGCCCAUCCAUCUGGCCCAUCAAGAAUCACUCUCAUUUCAUCAGUCCAUAAAACCUUAGAAAAAUCAGUCUUGAGAUAUUUCUUGGCCCAGUCUUGACGUUUCAGCUUGUGUGUCUUGUUCAGUGGUGGUCGUCUUUCAGCCUUUCUUACCUUGGCCAUGUCUCUGAGUAUUGCACACCUUGUGCUUUUGGGCACUUCAGAAGCUUUGCAAUUUUAAGAGUGCUGCAUCCCUCUGCAAGAUAUCUCACUAUUUUUGACUUUUCUGAGCCUGUCAAGUCCUUCUUUUGACCCAUUUUGCCAAAGGAAAGGAAGUUGCCUAAUAAUUAUGCACACCUGAUAUAGGGUGUUGAUGUCAUUAGACCACACCCCUUCUCAUUACAGAGAUGCACAUCACCUAAUAUGCUUAAUUGGUAGUAGGCUUUCGAGCCUAUACAGCUUGGAGUAAGACAACAUGCAUAAAGAGGAUGAUGUGGUCAAAAUACUCAUUUGCCUAAUAAUUCUGCACUUCCUGUAUAAUGUAAAAGUCUCGUUCGUGCAAUUGAGAUUAUAUGGUUUGGUUACCGAACAACCACAUGAACCGGAGUCCAUCCUGGAGCUUGUUAACACCUAUUACCAACUUGGAACGUUUCUCACCACAGUGUUCGUCUGGGUGGCCGCAAUUCCUAUGGACAACCACGAGGUGGCAGCCAUCUUGUGUGCAUGAAUGCAGGCAGCUGUGUUUGGGUAUGAAUUUCAUGGAACUAAAAUCGGACACAGAAACUCCUGAACACCGCUGGCCUUCCAUCAUCACCUGUGUUUGGUUCUAUACAACUUAGAAGGGCACUGUUCGGUGAAAUCAUUCAUCUGGAUGAGGGGAACAAGCUCCAGAGUAAGACUAUUGACUCUGUUCGGUAGUUUGUUCAUUUUCAAACUACUGAACUAGAUCGACCACAAGUCCUGAUUCUCUGGAACUGUUUUGGGCAUGGGACCAGGCCUGUGGUCGGUCAAAUAAAUGACUUCCAGGAAAUUCCUGAACUGAUCUGGGUGAUUUUUGGAUAUGUUGGUCACUCAGAUCAGGGCUAUCAGGGGAUGUAACUUUUGUGGGGUUUUAUGUAAUUUUAAAGUAUUUUGGGGGUUUUAUAAAAAUGUGUGUUUUGUGUUUGGAGAUAAUUGAGUUUAGUAUAAGUGCUUGACUCAAUUAUCUCCCAGGUACAGAGGAGGGAUCAACCUAUUAUGUGUUGGAGUGUCCUGGAUCUGAGAACCAAAGUGAUUGUGUAAUUGUUUAUACUGUGGUUUACUCUCAGGUCCAGGGGGAGUGCCUCUUGCAUGGGGACAUGCAUAUAAGGUCAGUUUUGGCUGCCAUUAAAUCAUUCCAGCUUGCACUCAAAAACUGUGUGUCCUUCUGUUAUUGGAGGGAAGGAAGAUUUAACCCCUGUGUCUGCUGUUCCAGCUUGCAGGAGAUUCAACUGGGAAAGUCCUUGUAAGGACUAGAGCUCCCAAGACUGAGUGUUGUCCAGUGCCUGGGGGUGUCUAGAGCGAAUUCCCCAUUCGGCUCCAGGAAGAAGUGGUUUCAGGGCCCCAGUCAAGCCACUGUGACUGUGGGCAGACGUGUUGCAGUUUGUCCCCUGUUCCAGCUAGGAAGCAGUACAUGGCGGAGGUAGCCGGCCAGGGGUACAGAGAACUCUGUUACAUUAGCUUUAGACCAAUAUUAAACAUCAGCAAAACCGUGUGAAAAGGGACAUAGAAACAUAGAAUGUGACGGAAGAUAAGAACCAUUCGGCCCAUCUAGUCUGCCCAAUUUUCUAAACCCUUUCAUUAGUCCCUAGUCUUAUCUUAUAGUUAGGAUAGUCUUAUGUCUAUCCCACGCAUGCUUAAAAUCCUUUACUGUGUUAACCUCUACCACUGCAGCUGGAAGGCUAUUCCAUGCAUCCACUACCCUCUCAGUAAAGUUAUACUUCUGGAUUUAUGUUUAAACCUUUGCCCCUCUAAUUUAAGACUAUGUCCUCUUGUUGUGGUAGUUUUUCUUAUUUUAAAUAUAGUCUCCUCCUUUACUGUGUUGAUUCCCUUUAUGUAUUUAAAAGUUUCUAUCAUAUCCCCCCAUCUUGUCUUUCCUCCAAGCUAUACAUGUUAAGAUCCUUUAACCUUUCCUGGUAAGUUUUAUCCUGCAAUCCAUGAACCAGUUUAGUAGCCCUUCUCGGAACUCUCUCUAAAGUAUCAAUAUCCUUCUGGAGAUGUCUCCAGUACUGCGUACAAUACUCCAAGUGAGGUCUCACUUUCUACUUUCUACUGCUAAUACUCUCCCUAUACAACCAAACAUUCUGCUAGCAUUUCCUGCUGCUCUAUUACACUAUCUGCCUACCUUUUAAGUCAUCAGAAAUAAAUACUCCUAAAUCUCUUUCCUCAGAUGUUGAGGUUAGGACUCUAUCAAAUAUUCUGUACUGUGCCCUUGGGUUUUAAACCUUAGACUGCUGGGGAGGCACCAGGGAGCAAGCUAUAGUGGUUAUGGUGCUUUAAAGGGUUUCUCCAACCCUUAUAAAACAAUAUUUAUUUUAAUGUAUAUUGCCCUAUUGCGCUCUGCCUGCAAGGGAGACAAUUUUUACGUUUGUUACCAGUGUGCUGUGCAUGUUGACGACAGGCGUAAAAUAUAUACGGUAUUGACAUUAGGCAUCCCAGAACAGGCCUGUGCAACAUUCCUGAACAAUUUUUGCAGUGUGGCAGGGUACAUUAUCCUGCUGAAAGAGGCCACUGCCAUCAGUAAACACCAUUGCCAUGAAGGGGUGUACUCUUGUGGUCUGCAACAAUCUCUACGUAGGUGGUACAAAUCAAAGUAACAUCCAUAUGAAUGCCAGGACCCAAGGUUUCCCUGGAGCAAACCUCCUGCGCUGACCUGUCUUCUUCCCAUAAUGCAUCCUACAGUCAUCUCUUCCCCGGGUAAAUGAUACAUGCAUCGGGCCAGAUUAACAUAGGGGCUGGUGGAGCUGCAGCUCCAGGCCCAGGCCCAUGGAAUAGGCCCAUUCGUUUCAUUUUUUUUUUUUUUUACACACUAAUCUUAGGGUUGCCAGGUAUUUCUCAUGUAUUUCUUAUGGUUGCCAGGUAUUUCGCAGAAGUAUUUUUCAGGUAUUUGAGGUUGCUUAGCCGGUGCCGGUAUUGCAGUAAUACCGGCAAUACAAAUGUCUGUCUCAGUAUAAACAGAGAUUACUCUGCAAUACCAGCGCCGGCCAGUAGGGGUCGCUGUUUGUGUGGAGAGAGGCAGGGAUAAGAACUUACAGCAUCUCCCUCCCUACCUCUCUCUACUCACUGAUCCGCGAGGAGCAGCUCUGCACAGAGAGUCCAGACAGCAGUUUCGAGCCUGGGGACGGUGAGAGACUUGGGGACGCUGAGACAUUGGGACACUGGGAGACAAAGGGACACUGGGGAACAUGGGGACCCUGAGACACUAGUGACAAAGUAGCCCCAUGUCUCCCAGUAGCCCCUAGUCUCUCAGUGUCCCCAUGUCUCCUAGCCAGUGUCCCUAGUGUCUCCCAGUGCCCCUGGUGUGUCUCAGUGUCCUCAUGUCUCUCAGUGUCCCUAGUGUCUGUGUCCCUAGUCUUCCAGAGUGCCCUAGUCUCUCAGUGUCCCCAUGUCUCUCCCAGUGUCUCAGUGUCCCCAAGUCUUACAGUGUCCCAAUGUCUCUAAGUGUCCCCUAGUGUCCUAGUGACAUCGGGACACUGGGAGACAAGGGGACACAGACUCUAAUGGACACUGGGAGACAUGGGGAUACAAACACUAUGGGACACUGGGCGACAUGGGGACACUGAGACACUAGGGGACACUGAGAGACAUGGAGACACUGGGGGACACUGGAAGACAUGGGGACACUGGGCGACUUUGAGACUUUGGAGAUAUGGGGCACUCCCAGUGUCCCCAUGUCGCCCAGCCAGUGUCCCUAGUAUCUUAGUAUCCCCAUGUCUCCCAGUGUCCCUGAUGUCUCUCAGUGUUCGUAGUGUGCCACUGUCCCUAGUGUCUCUGUGUUUCCUAGUCUCCCAGUGUCCCAAUGUCUCCCAGUGUCCCAUGUCUCCUAGUGUCUCAGUGUCCCUUAGUAUAAAAGAAAAAUUCUCAAACAUGCACCAGGUUUAUUGAACACCGCAACAUUUUGACCUGUACCCAGGUCUUACUCAAGUCUCCAGUGUCCCCUAUGUAUUACAGUGUCUCAGUGCCCAAUGUCUUCCAGUGUCCCCUCAUGUCCCCAUGUCUCCCAGUGUCCCCAAGAGUCUGUGUCCCCAGGCCUCCCAGUGUUCCCUAGUAUCUCAGUGUCCCAAUGUCUCUCAAUGUCCCCUAGUGACACGGGGACACAGACACUAAGGGACUUUGAGACAUGGGGACACAGAUAUGCCCCCUUUUUGUGUAUGUUUGCCCCUUUCGGCAGUUCUGGUUAUGUGAUUUGUGUCAGUGGCCCACCCUUUUACUCCAUCCAUAGACUUCCUGCUUUACUGGACACUGCUGUUAGGGGGUAUGGGUUUACUUGAAAGAUGAAAGUGUGAGAUUAGCAUAGGGUAUGUGUUUUCUCAUAGCUGCAUCCUAUGAGUUUCCCUCCAGCACCAUCUCCAUCAGAUACAUGACGCUUGGGAGGUAGGACUGUUUUAGUGUUUUUGGUCAAUAAGAUUUUGUAAUUAGGCCCACUGGGCUCUUAAUCUGGCCCUGCUUACAAGACAUGCCGUUUUGGAGAUGCUAUGACCCAGUCAUCUUGUCAUCACUAUCUGGCCCUUGUCAGACUCACUCUCAGAUCUUUUCACUUGCCCAUUUUUCCUGCCUCCAACACAUGAAAUCUAAGAAAUGACUGUUUACUUUCUGCCUAAUAUAUCCCAACCCCUGACAGGUGGCACUGUGAUAUCAUCAAUGCUAUUCACUUUACCUGUCAGUGGUUUUAGUGUUAUGGCUGUUCAGUGUAUAUUAAACUCUUGCUUAAAGGGAAGCUUUCAGUUCCCAAGAGAGUUUCGAGAGAUCUGAAAAAUACAUUUCAGUUUUAUAAAUUGACAUUAUUCUAUGCUGGAACAGAGUGCUGCCAUCUUGGGUUCCUGUCAAUCAUUGUAAGAUCUGGUCUUUUCUGGUAUUUAACCUAAUAAGUGGAAGUGGGGUCCAGAAAGAAAUGGUUCCUCCUUUGUAUUUGCAAUUUGUGUCUUGGCUGUGACACAGCCUAGCUGCUACUACAAUUAUUGUCUCAUCCUCUGCCACCCCAUAGUUGUGGCUGUGUAUGAUGUGUAUUAGUGUACUGGCUGUGUGUUAUGUCUGUGCGGGCAGCUCAGUAUGUAUGCGGUUUGUGCUUGCUGUGUGGAAUGCAUGUGCUGGGUAGUGGGUGUGUUGGCUGAGUAUAAUUUGUUGUGAUGUGUUGUACUCCACUCCAGCAGGUAUAGGACUAUGAUCUGCUGGUCCAUUGGUGGUUCUGUAUUCCUGGUGGUCCAAUGGGAGAUGAUCCUAGUCACAAGGUUCUGAUUCCCUUGAGGACCAGCAGAGUUAAAUUCCUUGGUGGGGCCAGUGAGUAAUCCCUUGUUCUGGUCUGGCACUCAAUGAUUAGACAGAGAGCAGGGUUAGGAGCGCCAUAACAUGAGGGAGCACUGCAAGUGUAAUGCGUCCAUUGGAAGUGCUGGUGAAGUGCAUCCUGUUGGUGAAUUUGCAAGGGGAACUCAAUGGGGAAACUUCCCCCCUUGUAACAUGUACCAGGACCCAUUCGCAAGAUGCACUUUAUUAAGUGAGGGUGAAGUGGCCAGGCCAAGUCCAGGGCCCUAGGUGGAUGCUACUUCACUGAAUUUGUCGGUAGCUCAGCCUACUUGUGAAGAUAGACGUUAUUUGGUUGACAUUUCUAGUUUAGAAAUGCAGAUGGAAUUAGUUUUAUAUAAGUCUGGAAUAAAUGAUCUUGAAGACAGCAUUGAAAGUCAUGUUUCAGUGUUUGCAGAUGACACAAAACUUUGUAAAAUAAUACAAUGUGAGCAAGAUAUUAUUUUGCUGCAGAGGGAUUUAGAUAGACUGGGGGACUGGGCACUCAAAUGGCAGAUGAAAUUUAAUGUAGAAAAAUGCAAAUGUAUGCACUUUGGUAUAAAAAAUGCACAAACAACUUAUAUUCUUAUUGGAAGCGAAUUAGGGAUAACAACACACGAGAAGGACUUGGGAAUUGUUAUAGACAACAAACUAUGCAACAAUGUGCAAUGUCAAUCAGCAGUGGCCAAGGCCAGUAAGGUAUUGUCAUGCAUGAAAAGGGCAUUCAUUCUCGGGACGAGAAUAUCAUUUUGCCUCUUUAUAAAUCACUGGUAAGACCACAUAUUGAAUAUGAUGUGCAAUUUUGGGCACCUGUUCUAAAGAAGGAUAUUAUAGCACUAGAAAAAGUGCAGAGGCGGGCUACAAAAUUAAUAAAAGGAAUGGAACAUAUCAGCAAUGAAGAAAGGUUAACAAAUUUAAACCUAUUUAGUUUAGAAAAACGUCGCCUGAGAGGGAAUAUGAUAACAUUAUACAAAUAUAUUCGGGGCCAAUACAAACCAUUGUGUGGAAAUCUAUUCACAAACCGGACUUUACAUAGGACACGAGGCCAUGCGUUUAGACUGCAAGAAAGAAGAUUUCAUCUAAGGCAAAGGAAAGGUUUUUUUACCGUAAGAACAAUCAGGAUGUGGAAUUCUCUGCCUGAAGAAGUGGUUUUAUCAGAGUCCAUACAGAUGUUCAAACCGCUACUAGAUGCAUACUUGCAAAAACAGAAUAUUCAAGGAUAUAAUCUUUCAAUGUGGGGUAAUAACUGCUUGAUCCAAGGAUAAAUCUGACUGCCAUUCUGGGGUCAAGAAGAUAUUUUUUCCUAGCUUGUUGCAAAAUUGUGGGGGUUUUUUUGCCUUCUUUUGGAUCAACAGCAAAAAACAAAUGUGAGGAAGGCUGAACUUGAUGGACGCAUGUCUCUUUUCAGCUAUGUAACUAUGUAACUAUAUGUAACUAUGUAAAAAUGUCAUAAUUAGGCCCAUUAUAAACUCCAGCUCCAGGCUCAUGAAAUCCAUAAUCCAAUAUUAAAUAAUAAUAUUAAAUACUACAAUGUUAUAAAUGAAUGCAUUUAUUUAUAACACUGGAGCAGUGUAAAGUUAACUGAGUCCCACUUCCCUUUCGAGAGAUCGUCAGUAGUGAUGAUCUUCCCACAAUCCAAUGCUUCUCAUAGAGAAGGGUGCAUGUGCAAUAAUGGUCACCCUGCGUCAGCAAUGCUUUUCACAGAGCUAGAGCAAAAAGCCGUCAAUAGGAGCUUUAUAAAAAUACAAACUUCUCUUGAAAUCUGCACUUUAAUCACUUUUUUAUAAAGUAAGAAAGAGGUUAUGAUAUCUUAAAUCCAAGCACCAUAAUCACUACUGAAGUGUUUAUGGUGACAGGAGUGCCGUGGCUUCCUCAAUUGUAAGGCAUUUAAACCAUUUUAGAAUGGUAUGCUUUUUUCUGACGUCCAGUACUUCCGAUGGAGAACAGUAAGACCCUGAACUAAGCCAGCUCGUUGGUUGAGAACAAGAGCUGAUCGCUCUCACCUGCACCAUUAGGUUUAGCUCAGACACAUGGUGUCUGGCUCUCUGAUGGAAGUAGUGCACAAGUGGUGACCGGCAGAGACCAGUUUAGAACUCAAACUGUUCAAAACCAGUUUGAGUACUUAAAAUUGGGGUGAGGGGUGCCAGGGCAAUCUUUUCAUCAUAAACGUCACAGCAUUUUGUAGUGGUUAUGGUACUUGGAAUGUUACCAUUAAAAAGACUUCAGCAACAUGACGUGCUCUAGGGGUUGGGAAUGUUCCCUUAAAAUAAUCUGUUUGCUUUCUAGAUAAUUACCACGCAAAAUUAUUCCACAGGUCAAUAGUUAUGUCAUAUAAAAAUAUUACUAUGGGACAAGUUUAACCCCUUAAGAUCGGAGGGCGUACUAUUACGUCCUAUUUUAAGCGGCUCUAAACGCCACCAGGCGUAACAGUACGCCCUCCGGCGAUCGCGGUUGGGGGGACUCCCAGGGAUCUUCCCUCCUGCAGCCCCCCCCGGCCAUGUGAGAGUGAGGUCCUUGCGAGGACCUCACAAUCACAUGGCCGGGUUAGCUGCCUGCUGUAUUGCCAGCAGGGGGACUGCCUGUAAUGACAGGUAGUCCCCCAGCUGGCUGAAUUUAAAUAAAAUAAAAGUUAAUAAGUGUAAAAAAAAUUAUACUUAGAUCAUAUAUAUAUGAUUUAAGUAUAUCUAUACACAUAUACAUACACACACAUACACUGUCUAGGUGUAUUUUACUAUUAAUAUAUAUAUAUAUAUAUAUUAAUAUCAAAUUACACGUAGACGGAUACUGAUUAAAUAUAUAUAUAAUUAUUGUUAUAUAUAUAUUUAUAUAUAAUAUAAAAAAAAUGUAAAUACGUUAAAAAAUAAAAUUUAAAAAUAAUUAAAAAUAAAUAAUUAAAAAAUAUAUAAUGUGUGUUAUUUCGUUCUAACUGUAUUGUGAUAUUACUACAUAUAUUUAUAUCAAAAUACACGUAGAACGAAAUAAUAUAUAUAUCUAUAUACAUAAAUAUAUAUGUAUAUAUCACUAUAUAUAUAUACCUAUGUAUAAAUAAAAAUAUUUUUUUUAAAAUUAUAUAUAUACAUAUAUAUACACCUACGUAUAUAUAUACAUAUAUUAAUUCUACAUAUAUAUUUAUGUAAUAUUUUUACAUAAUUAGGUAUCUUAAUUAAUUACAAUUAGCAGGACCUGCCUGACAACCAAUGCCGAAAGUAAAGGGAAUUUAAUUUGCUAGCACUAUAUUUAACCUUAUAACUUUCCAAGACACCAUAAAACCUGUACAUGGGGGGUACUGUUCCACUCGGGAGACUUCGCUAAACACAAAUAUUAGUGUUUCAAAACAGUAAAAUGUAUUACAACGAUGAUAUCGCCAGUAAAAUUACGUUUUUUACAUUUUUCACGCACAAACAGCACUUACACGGACGAUAUUAUUGCUGCGAUACUUUUUACUGUUUUGAAACACAAAUAUUUGUGUUCAGCGAAGUCUCCCGAGUACAACAGUACCCCUCAUGUACAGGUUUUAUGGUGUUUUCAAGUUACAGCGUCAAAUAUAAGGCUUGUGUUUCAUUUUUUUCACAUUAAAUUCGCUAGAUUGGUUACGUUGCCUUUGAGACCCUAUGGUAGCCCAAGAAUGAAAAUUACCCCUAUGAUGGCAUACCAUUUUCAAUAGUAGACAACCCAAGGUAUUGCAAAUGGGGUAUGUCCAGUCUUUUUUAGUAGCCACUUAGUCACAAACACUGGCCAAAAUUGGCGUUUUUUGCAUUUUUCACACACAAACAAAUACUAACGCUAACUUUGGCCAGUGUUUGUGAUGAAAUGGCUACUAAAAAAGACUGGACAUACCCCAUUUGCAAUACCUUGGGUUGUCUACUAUUGCAAAUGGUAUGCCAUUAUGGGUGUAAAUUUCAUUCCUGGCUACUAUAAAGUCCCAAAGGCAACGUAACCAAUCUGGCGAAUUUCAAUUUCUAAUGUAACGUGCUAUAUUUGACCCUGUAACUUCCCAAAACGCCAUAAAACCUGUACAUAGGGGGUACUGUCUUACACGUGAGACUUUGCUGAAUACAAAUAUGUGUAUUUUAUUGCAGUAAAAGCAAACAGUAUUAUGACAUUGACAGUUAAAAUGUCAUGUAGAACUAAACUUUUUUUAAAAAAAAUCUUAUUUUCUCCCAUUUUUUUCAUAUUAAAUUAUGUUUCAUAGCUAAAUAUUUGAUAUUAAAUGAAAGCCCUGUUUCCCCUGAAUAAAAUGAUAUAUAAUAAGAGUGGGUGCAUUUACUAUGAAAGAGGUGUAUUACGGUUGGACAGACAUGUAGCGCAAAUGCCAGGAUUUGUUUACAUUUUGUUUUGUUCACAACGUGUACAUUUGGCUCCAUCCUUAAGGGGUUAAUGACAACCACAUUAGUGCCGGUAAGUAUUUUUAUUAUUGUUAAUAUCAUUAUACUGGAGAUAUCCAUAUUUUACAUUCACAUUUGCAUUAUUACACCGAGCAAUUUUCCUAUAACUAUAACCACGUUGUUAUGGGAUAAUAUUUUAGAACAUUGCACUGGUAUUAUAACUAGACAGGGCACUAUUUAUAUUAAAAAUAAUCAGUAUUAUUAUUAUUUUAUUAUUUAUAUAGUUCCAGCAAAUUCCGUAGCGCUGUGGGUAUGAGGUAAUGUUAGAUUUAGAACAUUGCACUGAUACUCCAAUUACACAAGGCAAUAUUUAUAGUAUCAGUAUAUAACAUUUAGAACCAUUGCACUGGUAUUAUAACUAAACAGGGCAAUAUUUAUUUCAUGUUUGUAUAAUGAAUAUAGAUAUUGCAGUGGUAUUAUAACACAGGGCAAUAAUCACAUUAUAAUAUGAGCAUGGGGUGAUGUUAGAACAUUUUACUCAUAUAAUAUAAUAACAGUUGUCAGUGUGAGGUGUAUAGACAGAGCAUUGUGUCAUUGCUGUCAGUGGGGCAGGUUUAGCUCACACAUGCUGCAUGGGACACACUGUGACCUGCAGGGGGGGGGGGAGUAGUGCUUCCGGGUCACCAUCAGGGAAACAUGGCGGCGCCCAUGGAGCUGUACUGCUGGAAGGGAGACUGGGGGCUUCCCACAGUGGACGUGGAUUGUCUGACCGUGCUGGUAGGAGACCCCGGGGAUAAUGGGCUCUGUGCCAGGGGAAACACAGGGGCCAAAACAUGAUGUAUAGCUGUAACCCCAGCUGGAAGGAAGUAUUGAUCUCAAUGACCCCACUGUCAGUGUGAGACAGCAUGAGGACAGAGAGUGUGAGACAGCAUGAGGACAGAGAGUGUGAGACAGCAUGAGGACAGGGAGUGUGAGACAGCAUGAGGACAGGGAGUGUGAGACAGCCAGCAUGAGGACAGAGUGUGUGAGACAGCCAGCAUGAGGACAGAGUGUGUGAGACAGCCAGCAUGAGGACAGAGUGUGUGAGACAGCCAGCAUGAGGACAGAGUGUGGGAGACAGCAUGAGGACAGAGUGUGCGAGACAGCAUGAGGACAGGGAGUGCGAGACAGCAUGAGGACAGGGAGUGCGAGACAGCAUGAGGACAGGGAGUGCGAGACAGCAUGAGGACAGGGAGUGCGAGACAGCAUGAGGACAGGGAGUGCGAGACAGCAUGAGGACAGGGAGUGCGAGACAGCAUGAGGACAGGGAGUGCGAGACAGCAUGAGGAGAGGGAGUGCGAGACAGCAUGAGGACAGAGUGUGUGAGACAGCCAGCAUGAGGACAGAGUGUGUGAGACAGCAUGAGGACAGGGAGUGUGAGACAGCAUGAGGACAGAGUGUGUGAGACAGCAUGAGGACAGAGUGGGUGAGACAGCAUGAGGACAGAGUGGGUAAGACAGCCAGCAUGAGGACAGAGAGUGUGAGACAGCAUGAGGACAGGGAGUGUGAGACAGCAUGAGGACAGGGAGUGUGAGACAGCAUGAGGACAGAGUGUGUGAGACAGCAUGAGGACAGGGAGUGUGAGACAGCAUGAGGACAGAGUGUGUGAGACAGCCAGCAUGAGGACAGGGAGUGUGAGACAGCCAGCAUGAGGACAGGGAGUGCGAGACAGCCAGCAUGAGGACAGGAGGCGAGACAGCAUGAGGACAGGGAGUGCGAGACAGCAUGAGAACAGGGAGUGCGAGACAGCAUGAGGACAGGGAGUGGCGAGACAGCAUGAGGACAGGGAGUGCGAGACAGCAUGAGGACAGGGAGUGCGAGACAGCAUGAGGACAGGGAGUGCGAGACAGCAGGAGGACAGGAGGCGAGACAGCAUGAGGACAUGUGCGAGACAGCAUGAGGACAGGGAGAGCGAGACAGCAUGAGGACAGGAGGCUUGCAGACAGCAUGAGGACAGAGAGUGCGAGACAGCCAGCAUGAGGACAGGGAGUGUGAGACAGCAUGAGGACAGGGAGUGCGAGACAGCAUGAGGACAGAGAGUGCGAGACAGCAUGAGGACAGGGAGUGCGAGACAGCAUGAGGAUAGAGAGUGUGAGACAGCAUGAGGACAGAGUGUGUGAGACAGCAUGAGGACAGAGUGUGUGAGACAGCAUGAGGACAGAGUGUGUGAGACAGCAUGAGGACAGAGUGUGUGAGACAGCAUGAGGACAGAGUGUGUGAGACAGCAUGAGGACAGUGAGUGUGAGUGCAGACAUGUGAGUGAGAUAUAAGUGACAGGGAGUGUGAGUGCAGACAUGUGAGUGAGAUGGAAUGACUGACAGGGAGUGUGAGUGAGAUAUAAGUGAGAGAGUGUGUGAGUGCAGACAUAUGAGUGGUGGCAGAUAGUUGAGUGUUAUCUUAAAUAAAGAGUAAAAUACCCUAACCCAUAACAAGAGUAUUUACAUUUGCAUAUGAUGCAUUGGAUUAUAGCUAGCAGUACUCUGCCCCCAAAACAUUUAUCUGUAUCAGGAAAGAAAGAAAUGGAGCUGCACACUAGAUCUCAAGUGUUAUAUCACAGGUGAGCUGCUUCCCAUGGCAGGAGUUUAAAGCAGGAACAUGUGGUCUGUUGGGACAGUUUCCACGUAUUGACCACCGACUGUAUUUUUUGACAUCUGUUUUAUUUAAGUUUCGUACCGUCAAUAAUAAACUUUUUAAUAAUAUGUGCAGCUCCAUUUUUCUUUUUGCUGACAGUGUGAAUGUCUGUUAGCGUGCGUGUAGACUUGUGAAUGUCCAGUAAUGGGAGAAUAAAUGUGAGUAGGAGGUUGGGUAUUUGUAGACAAUCGAGGGUCCAGUAGCAUUAAGAGCAUUGAUGUGACUGCAAAUGAGGAUAAACAUGAAGGUACGAGUGCUCAGUAUGUGGAACAUAUACAUGUAAUAAUUUGAAUGUAGGAGUCACAAAACCAAAGGGGAACUGCGCACAUAAAUAUUACACCAUGCUUGGUGAUCCACGGGAGGGAGCUACACACUCCCAAAUUGUCAGUAAUUCCAAAAGGAAAUCCGGAUUCCAAAUCUCAGUACAAACAGCUUCAAUGGAACCAAUUCACAGAACAAUAGUUUGUCUCCAUCAUGGGAUCUUUAUCAAGUGACUUGAAAAAGACAACAUGAUGGAGUUGAAACUUUAUCCUGUGACUCUGUUGCUCUGAAGCUGUUUGUUCUAAAAACCGUAUGUCUGGAUCUCUCUUUGGAAUUCUAGUCUGACUUUGGAAGUAUGAUAGAUUGAGUCCUGAUAGUAUUCCAAUGUGUGCGGUAGUGCGAGAACAGGCAUGUAGUGAGAAAGAAAGGCUUGCUAGAGACCUUGUCAAUGUAUGAAUGACAUGUAGUGUUAAUGACAAGUAAUGUGUGGAGAGAUGUAACUGGCAGGCAUUGAAAUGUGUUAUGAAUGAAUAUGAGUACUGAUGUGAAUGAGCGAUAUAGUGCGUGCUGAGCAUAGACUUGAGUAGAGUAAAUAGAAGAGCCAACACAAUACACAGAAUGCACAGAUCAUUGAAACCAAUCUGUAAAAGAGAAAAGUUAUAACACACACCCCUACCAGAAACAAACCCUCAACACUGUGCUAAAUGAAAAUAACCAAAACAGAAUCUGUUACUUAAAAUCUGAUCUGAAAUUGUAUACAGAGACAGUUCACAUCAUGUAACAUGGGGUAUGCAUCCUCAAUAAUACUGUGUAUCAUGCCUGGCUAAUCAUGGAAAAGGUAACGAGAGAACACCUGCCAUGUAAUCAUAUAAACACACAUCAUAUUAAUAAAAAUAAUGGAUAUAAACAUGCAUUGAAUCUGCAUAGAGCUAUAAUGCAUUGUCAUAUUGGUGGAUGAAGGGAAUCCUCUUUCAACAUAAGUAGUGGACAAUAAUCGCAUAAAUAUUAUAAACAUGCGUGGAAUAGAUCUACAUUGUACAGAAAGAGUGGUGGAUAAAUGGAUUUGCCAUCCAGCAGAAGUGGUAGUUGUUUUACAGUCAGGGGGAUUUACUGUAUCCGCAAAAGGAGGGUUAGAGAAUACAUGGGGUUCUGCGAUAAAAACUCAUAGACUCUAGGUAACAUAACCAUUAUACAGAUCUUUAGUUGAUAAGAGUGCUUCUUUAAAGGAACACAACAACUUCAUCUAAUUGAUCCACGCAUCCAAGCUCUCUGGGUAGAAGAGCCAGGACUGUUACUCUCUGGUUCUCAUACCUAGGUAUGCCCCGUGAUGUCACGCACUCAUGUGCCGUCACUGUCUGUCAUAGAGAAUCAUUGCACGCAGUUGUUUUAAUGGCAGAUGUGUCUGUUUCCCUAUUACUUAUCUAUGAGCAGCAUUCGAUUGGACCGUCAUGCCUCCACGAUGUUAUUACAUGAGGAGGGAGGGAUCCGAUAUAAUCUCUUGAAUUAUUAUUUAAUGAGAUUUCUAUAAAGAAUAGAGUAGUAAAUGAAACAUUACAUCCCAAAACAGAAAUGUAUACCCCACACUGCUUUUUUAAACUAUAUUUUGUUUCUGUUUAGGCAGCCCUAGCCACACCUCACAUGGCUGUGACUGACAGAGCCUGCAUUAAAAAAAAGUUUCAUUUUCAAUCAGAUGUUAACUUACUUUACAAGUGUUUUUAGCUCCUGGUCUGUAAUUGAACUUUAAUCACACACAGGAGGCUGCUGCAUGGUGUAGCAAGUUAUUAACAGUGCAGGAGAUAAUACAUUCUAAAUUAAACAGAGUUUGCAAUAAAGGAAGUGUUUAGGAAGGCUGUGCGUGUUACAUGCUGGGAGGUGUGACUAGGGCUGCAUAAACAAAGUGACCAUCUCCUAAAUGGCAGAGAAUUGAGCAGUGAGACAUGGGGAAAGAUCUAUACACCAAAACUGCAUUGUUAAGCUAAAGUUGUUUUGGUGACUAUAAUGUCCCUUCAUGCGGAAGUGCUUUAGAGCAGUGUUCCCCAACCCAGUACUCAUGGACCACCAACAGUCCAGGUUUUUAUCGGUACCACCAUUGGAAUAAAACAGGGAAAUACAUAAAUCCUGGACUGUUAGUGGUCCAUAAGCACUGGGUUGGGGAACACUGCAUUAGAGACAUGAAUUUCUCGUUAAAAUACUAGCUUUGGUCAUACCUGGGAUAUGAAUUGAACUCUACUCAUUAAAAUGGGUAGUUCCAUGGAAUUACCUUGCAGUAGAGGUGGUAAACUAUACUGUACAGGAGUUUAAAGAUGCAUGGGAGAGUCAUGCUUGGUAUAGGACACUAAAAGCAUCAAAACAAUUUAAUCCAAAUGAAGCUGUUUUAUCAUGCAUAUCAUGCCCCUGCAGUCUUACUGCUCAAUUAUCUGCCAUUUAGGAGUUAGACCACUUUUGUUUCUGUUUAUGCAGCCCUAGCCACACCUCCCCUGGCUGUUACUCAGACAGUCUUCAUGAAAAAAAUAUUUACAUUUCCAAUCAGAUGAUAAGUCGCUUUAGAAGUUUUUAUCUCCUGCUCUGUGAAUUGACCUUGAAUCACACACAGGAGUCUCCUGCAGGGUAUAGAAGACUGUUAAAGAAACACUAUAGCAUUAUUCAUAACUCUGCAUAUUUCUUUAGGUCAGCAGCCCCAACUUCGUGUAUAAAGGUUUAAGAACCCAUUUUACCUUUACAUGUUUUGGUUUCCUCCUCCAGCUGUGUCACUCACAUAGGGGAACCUAAUACACAUUCGUGGCAAGCACGGCACAUGCAUUAGAGCUUUCCCAUAGGGAAGCACUGAAGCAAUGCUUUCCUAUGGAGAGUUUGAAGAUGUUGGGUUUCCUCAUGAAAAUUGUGAUGACUUUAAACUCAGUUAGAAUCCAGGAAGUGCCUGUUUGGAAGUUAACCACUAGAGGGUGUCUUAACCCUUUAAUAUAAACACUGCAUAUUCUCUAAAAACUGCAGUGUUUUACAUUGCAGUGUUAAAGGGAACAGGGCCACUUCACCCAGACCACUGCAAUGAGACAAUGUGGUCUGGGUGACUAUAGUGUCCCUUUAACCGAGCAGAGAUAAGAAAUUCUAAAUUAAACAGACUGUGCAAUAAAGGAAGUGUAAACGUUAGAUCCCUCAUUACAGGAAGUGCUUAGGAAGGCUCUGCAAGCUACAUGCAGGGAGGUGUGACUAGAGCUGUAUAAAUGAAGUGAUAUAACUAAAUGAGAAUUGAGCAGUGAGACAGCAGGGCUAAGAUAUAUACACCAAAACUGCUCCAUUAAGCUAAAGUUGUUUUGUUGACUAUAGUGUCCCUUUAAUUUUGGAAAUAACAAGUGCCAAAAGUAGAACAAUCAGCAAUAACAUUAUUUCAUGAUAAAUGCUUCUCUGUCAGCACUUUAUCUCUGAUUCCCUCUUUAUGUGCAUCCAGCUACAUUUCUGUCACACUGAGCUAACUGGUUGCAGCGAGGGGCCUGGCACAUUUUACAGUGUGUGCCAGCAUGACCGGUGCCAGAAGUGGGCACAGUGAGUGCCAGCAUAAUAUGUGAGUUCUGAUAUUGUGAUGCCAAGCCAGGCUUAACUAAUUUUUGUGAGGUCUGGUAUAGUACACGGUGAAUCUUGAGAUGGUGCUUGCAAACCCUGGCAUGGCUUAUUGUAACACUGUCCGCCCCCUUGCCUGAGAUCCUGACACUGUAGUGCUGGCACUGUGUGGUUCAGUCCUUGGUCCCCUACUGUUCUCUAUCUACACUGCCUCCCUUGGUAAACUCAUUAGCUCUUUUGGCUUCCAAUGUCAUUUCUAUGCGGACGAAACGCAAAUGUAUCUGUCCUCCCCUGAUCUCUCCCCGUCCCUAUUGACGAGUGUCUCUGACUGCCUCUCUGCUAUUUCUAACUGGAUGGCUGCCCACUUCCUUAAACUCAACUUGACCAAAACUGAAAUUCUAGUAUUUCCUCCCUCAAGUGUUGCUACUCCUCUGUCUGCCUCCCUCCAAGUCAACGGUGCUGCCAUCAGCUCCACCACGCAGGCUCGCUGCCUAGGUGUUCUCUUUGACUCCGAAUUCUCCUUCAUGCCUCAUGUUCAGUCUAUCACCAAAUCCUGCCACUUCCAUCUCAAAAACAUUGCACGCUUGCGACCCUACUUAACGCCAGAUGCGACUAAGGUGCUGGUCCGUUCCAUUGUCCUUUCUCACCUUGACUACUGUAAUCUGCUUCUCAGUGGUCUUACGUGCUCCCAGCUUGCGCUGUUACAGUCCAUAAUGAAUGCGGCGGCGAGGCUCAUCGUCCUGUCCGCCCGCACCUCAUCCUUCUGUCAGUCCCUACAUUAGCUUCCUGUAAGAUAUAGGGCUCAAUUUAAAAUUCUGGUUCUUGCUUUCAAAUAUCUACAUAAUUCUGCUCCCACCUAUCUAUCCUCACUAAUACAGAAGUUUUUCCUGUCUUUAACCUUACGCUCUGCUGAAGACUUACGUCUAUCUUCUGUCCGUACUCCCACCUCUGAUGCUCGCCUUCAAGACUUCUCCAGGGCUGCACCGUUCAUGUGGAACUCACUUCCCUCCUCCAUUAGAUGCUCACGCAGUCUCCACUCCUUCAAAAAAAUAAUUAAAAACCCACUUCUUCAUAAAAGCGUAUCAAUUAAACUGUUAAUAGCUCCUGACUGAUUCCUCUCUUGCAACUGUUAUUAGUCUAAUACUAUCCUUACCUUUUGUGUCACAUUACCUUACUCCCUCUAGCAUGUAAGCUCAUUGAGCAGGGCCCUCGACCUCUCUGUCCAAUUUGUCUGGUUACAACUACAUGUCUGUUCGUCCAUCCACUGUAAAGCGCUGCGGAAUUUGUUGGCGCUAUAUAAAUAAUAACAUAAUAAUAAUAAUAUGAAUCCUGACACUACUUGUGACUCCUGGCAAAGUGUGCGGAACCACGGGUAGUACUGUCUGUGAAGACUGACAAAGCUGUUGUGAGUGCAAGUGUGGCACUCAUGCACUCUGGAAUGCUGCAAGCGACCUCUGGCACAGUGGAUAUGGUUUGUAGCAAGCUAGGUUCCUGUUGUGCUAGUGUUAAAGCUAGCUGACAUUUUGUUCCGGAAUGUAAGCCCUGGUUCAGUGGAGGGGACUCUUGGCGUGGUGGGUGAUUGUGAUCCCUAACAUGCUUCUGUUUUUAUUUUUUGGAGUUAAAACAUGAUAUGUUGUUACAAAUCUGGUUCACUUGCUGUAAUUCCCAGCAGUGUAAUCACUAGCUUAUUGGAGGUAAACCCUGGCACUCUGCGUGUGGACUUUUGCCUUUUGGAGGAAAUGGCAGUAAGGUUGUGAGCCCUGCUUCAUUCAAGUUACGUUUUGGCAUUGUGUGCAUGAACCCUGGUUACUGAAGAUAGAUCUGCAUCGAGUGAGGCCAUCUUUGGCACAGUGCAUGUGAUCCGUGGCAUGGUGUGCGAGGUCUGACUGUAAAUAGACUGUGUUGAGUGUGAGUGUAUGCAAUCCCUGGUAUUGGAACGUAUGUAAGCUCUGGCACUUUGUGUGUGAGAACUCUGGUUCAUUGGCUGUCGACCCUUGGCUGAAUGUUUGUGCGCACUGGCACAGCGUGUGUGAAUCUGUGCUUGCUCUGAAUAGGUAUAAAUUCCUCAUAGUAGGCAGACAUCACCUGUAUUCUGGCAACAAUAUUACCUGGUUUGUAAAAGAUUUAUGAACAAAAUCCUUGAGUGGGAUUGUUUAAAUGAACAUAUUGGUAGCACACACACACUAGCUCGGUCUGCCAGUGGUGGCACUCCAUGUACCAGUCUGGCUGCACGGUGGUACAGACGUCUCUUUGAUCAGAUUGUAUUUUUUAAUUGCCGUGUAGACCUUCACUGAGCAUUUGAGCAGAAAAACACUUAGUGAAAUCUGAUCCCCCACUAGUCUGUUUGAGGGGUGUCUGGUAUCUAUCGAUAUGGAUCAGAAGUGUUUGAUUGUUUUGUCACCAGAGGACAUCUUUGAGCAUGAACCUUUCUGUGUUACGCAGAAUAACAUACAUGAAAUUUCAAUAUAUUAUGUUUCAUAUCCCUCGCACCAAAUGUUUCUGACAUUGCGAAUCCCCAGGGCAGAAAAUUCUGAAGUGAUUCACAGGUUUAGUAAUUCACACCAUAUUCUGUCUGGAAACAGGAGCUAUGCAUAAGUACAUACAUUAACGCGUUAAAAGGAAGAGUUGCUCUGUGUGUGCACAAUGUAAACUCGCAGAUAGAUUAGAGAAGACAUUUUUCAGACCACACACUCUGCAGGAGCUCCUUCCAAUUCUCAUGCAGCAGGAAACCCCAUCCAGAACUGUGUUUGCUAAUCACUGCGGCUGCUGAGUUGGCAGCGAGCUCACCUCUUAUUCUGCUUAGUUGCUAAUAAGAUGCUUCAGAAGUGACAUCACUGACCACAGCAUGAAACCCACAGCCACACGUGGUUAGCUAAGGCUGCAAACUGGGCCUGCAGCGUCCUGCACAGAGGGUCUAAUCUGAUUGAGGUCAGAAGGGGACACAGUCUUCUACAGCGCUCCAUUUGUGUUUUUUAUUUUUAUUUUCCAGACAUAUGCCAAGUUCUCAGGAGCUCCUCUGAAGGUUCACAAGAUCUCCAACCCAUGGAGAAGCCCCUCAGGUAAACUCAUCCAACUAACACUCCUUACCUUGUCCUGGAAACACUGAAUCCUCAUGUAAGUCGAUAGUACCCUUCUAAUAGCACUCUUCUUGCAGGUCAGAUGCCUGCUCUAAAGACGCAGGAUGAAGGAGUCAUCUUUCAGAACACUAAAAUUAUUAACUAUUUAAGGAAACAGGUGAGCUCUUCAUAUAUAACUUUCAGCCUUUGGAAACAGGUGAGGUCUUUAAAUAGUAUUACCCAUCUCAAGAGGCAAGUGUAUUUCUUAUAUCACAUGGCAUUUCUGACAGUUGAUAUUGUAGAAGGGAAAGACACCAAUGAUCUAUCUGACAGUCGAUAUUGUAGUAUGGAGAGACACCAUUGAUCUAUCUGACAGUUGAUAUUGUAUUAUGGAAAGACACUAUUGAUCUAUCUGACAGUUGAUAUUAUAGUAUGGAAAGACACCAAUGAUCUAUCUGACAGUCGUUAUUGUAGUAUGGAAAGACACCAAUGAUCUAUCUGACAGUUGAUAUUGUAGAAUGGAAAGACAACAUUGAUCUAUCUGACAGUCGAUAUUGUAGUAUGGAAAGACACCAAUGAUCUAUCUGACAGUCGAUAUUGUAGUAUGGAAAGACACCAUUGAUCUAUCUGACAGUUGAUAUUGUAGUAUGGAAAGACACCAAUGAUCUAUCUGACAGUCGAUAUUGUAGUAUGGAAAGACACCAAUGAUCCAUCUGACAGUCGUUAUUGUAGUAUGGAAAGACACUAUUAAUCUAUCUAACAGUCGAUAUUGUAGUAUGGAAAGACACCAUUGAUCUAUCUGACAGUUGAUAUUGUAGAAUGGAAAGACACCGAUGAUCUAUCUGACAGUUGAUAUUGUAGUAUGGAAAGACACCAAUGAUCUAUCUGACAGUCGUUAUUGUAGUAUGGAAAGACACCGAUGAUCUAUCUAACAGUUGAUAUUGUAGUAUGGAAAGACACCAUUGAUCUAUCUGACAGUUGAUAUUGUAGUAUGGAAAGUCACCAUUGAUCUAUCUGACAGUUGAUAUUGUAGUAUGGAAAGACACCAAUGAUCUAUCUGACAGUCGAUAUUGUAGUAUGGAAAGACACCGAUGAUCUAUCUGACAGUUGAUAUUGUAGUAUGGAAAGACACCAAUGAUCUAUCUGACAGUCGAUAUUGUAGUAUGGAAAGACACCAAUGAUCUAUCUGACAGUCGUUAUUGUAGUAUGGAAAGACACUAUUAAUCUAUCUAACAGUCGAUAUUGUAGUAUGGAAAGACACCAUUGAUCUAUCUGACAGUUGAUAUUGUAGAAUGGAAAGACACCGAUGAUCUAUCUGACAGUUGAUAUUGUAGUAUGGAAAGACACCAAUGAUCUAUCUGACAGUCGUUAUUGUAGUAUGGAAAGACACCGAUGAUCUAUCUAACAGUUGAUAUUGUAGUAUGGAAAGACACCAUUGAUCUAUCUGACAGUUGAUAUUGUAGUAUGGAAAGACACCAUUGAUCUAUCUGACAGUUGAUAUUGUAGUAUGGAAAGACACCAAUGAUCUAUCUGACAGUCGAUAUUGUAGUAUGGAAAGACACCGAUGAUAUAUCUGACAGUUGAUAUUGUAAUAUGGAAAGACACCAUUGAUCUAUCUGACAGUCGAUAUUGUAGUAUGGAAAGACACCGAUGAUCUAUCUAACAGUUGAUAUUGUAGUAUGGAAAGACACCAUUGAUCUAUCUGACAGUUGAUAUUGUAGUAUGGAAAGACACCAUUGAUCUAUCUGACAGUUGAUAUUGUAGUAUGGAAAGACACCAAUGAUCUAUCUGACAGUCGAUAUUGUAGUAUGGAAAGACACCAAUGAUCUAUCUGACAGUCGAUAUUGUAGUAUGGAAAGACACCAAUGAUCUAUCUAACAGACGAUAUUGUAUUAUGGAAAGACACAGAUGACCUAUCUGACAGUCGAUAAAUGAUCUAUCUGACAGUCGAUAUUGUAGUAUGGAAAGACACCGAUGAUCUAUCUGACAGUUGAUAUUGUAGUAUGGAGAGACACCAAUGAUCUAUUUGACAGUUGAUAUUGUAGUAUGGAAAGACACCAUUGAUCUAUCUGUGGAAUUACACAGAAGAUCGCUCUGACAGUUGAGAUUGGAAUAAAGAAAUACUGAUCUGACAGUUGACAUUGUAGGGUGGAAGAAGACAUGAUCUCUCUGACAAUGAAUAUGAAAUAUGUAGAAUGAAGUGUAGUUCGCUUUAUAUUGUUUAAUUACAGGCAUAACUCACUCAUAUGGUGGGUUAGGUUCCAGUCCACCGCUGUAAAGCCAAUCACAGCUUUAUUUAAUUUGCAAGUCCAUAUAAAAGCAGUAAAUCAUUACAUUUAUGCUAUCAUACAAUAUAUUUAUAUUAAGUGUGCAACUGCUCAAUAUCAACAAAAAAAAUAAGAAAAAUAAAUAGCAUCAUCUGAAUAUAGUUGAAAUACUAGCGAGCGUCAAAAUGCAAGAUAUUACUGUACAGAAUAUGCCAUUUUCAUUUAUAUACAAUGAAUGGUUUGUGUUAAAAAAAAAAGAUUAUAACAACUCUGGAAGCAAGCAUGUUCACAAAAAAGGAAGAAUUGGGCAUCGUACACUGAACACGAACCAAUCCUUUAAGGAAAGGGUCUGGUUUUUAUUAAUCUCUCCCUCUCAUUAAAGGACCCUAAGGACACUGUCACUUAUUACUUGAUUAUUUAAUACAUUUGCAGCCACAUAGCUAGAGAAUUGCAUAUACUAUGUCUGUGUCCCACGGCCCAUUAACUCUGAAUCCAGACUCCCUGUGCUGUGUGUUUCUCGCUCCUUGACCCAGAUGGAAAGUCAAACUGAGGAGUUUGAAGGAGAGAACACGGAAUCUCUGUCUCUCCUGCACUGCAAUAUAAUAUGAAAAUAGGAACAUUUCUGUGGUUUUGUCUGGUUAGGAUGAUCAAGGCUUUGGAGGAAAAAUAUACACUGACAGUACUGUUUCGCUGUACAUACAGUUAGACCAUUUUAAAGUUCAAACUCAGUCAGGAGAUAGGAGGUUCCACAUGCACUUACUCACAGAGGAUUAUUCACUAAAUCGAGCGUUGCCGGGAAUUUACGUUCCAAAAUAACCCAACUGAACUGGCUUUGAGAAUUAUUCUUAUUCAUCAAUUUUUGGCCCAAAUUUUUAAUUCUUUUUGAAUUCGCUUUGAAUUCCCAGCAAUUCAGUGAAUAUCCCGGAUAGAGAUAAUUCACUAAAAUCUGACUUGUUCGGAAUUCAAAAUGAAUUUGGAAAACUUCUCGGCUAAAUUCAGUUGAGCUCUUUUGACCUAAAAAUUAACUUGUUAUUCCUGACAACACUUUAGUAAAUAAAUCUGUGAGUUGUAAACUUCAGUCAAAAAAUUAUUGUAUAAUAAAACUCGAAUUGGAAACUUUUUAAAAAUGAGUUAUUUCAGCUUAAAUGUACUAUUUGGUUUUCAACUUAUGUGGCUACUCACCUAUUAGUCCAGGUCCAGGUUUCCAAAUUUCUUAUUGGCCUAAAAUGUACAAUUAUUUUGUUAAUACACCCCAAUUCUCUGUUAAGUGAAUACCCCACUUCCAGUUAGCAGUUAUACUGCCUGCUGUUCUCCUUUCAGUCUGUUGCAUUCACUGCUGGGUUUAAAAAACAAACCAAAAAACUUUCAUUGAAUACUUUUCAGAAAUACAAUGCUGAUUACGACCUGUCAGCCAAACAGGGAGCUGAUACGCUGGCAUUUAUCUCCUUGCUGGAGGAGAAGCUGCUCCCAGCCCUGGUGAGUGUCCAUGGCUACUGCGCAGGUUAGAAAAAAAAUCACCCAUGUUCUUUGCUUGCUGUAGAAUGGAUGUGACGUUACAUUGUUUUGCUGCCGUCCCUGUCUGCAGAUUCACACAUUUUGGGUGGAUGCCAAGAAUUAUGUGGAGCACACACGCAAGUGGUAUGCGGAAUUAAUCCCUUUCCCCCUGAAUUUCUUUAUUCCAAACCAAAUUCACAAGAGCGCGUUGGAACGCCUGCAGCUGAUCAGGGGAGAGAGCUGGGCAGAGGAGGAUGAUGCCUUAGAGAAACAGGUAACAUACAUAUCGAGUUAGAUGAGAAGGGGAGAGGGUCACUUGUUGUGGACAUGUGCAAUAGGGAUGUCACAGGUUGUAUAGGUGGGAUAUAGGGAGGGUCACAGGUUGUAGAGAUGGGAUAUAGGGAGGGUCACAGGUUGUGGAGGUGGGAUAUAGGGAGGGUCACAGGUUGUGGAGAUGGGAUAUAGGGAGGGUCACAGGUUGUGGAGGUGGGAUAUAGGAAGGGUCACAGGUUGUGGAGGUGGACUAUAGGGAGGGUCACAGGUUGUGGAGGUGGACUAUAGGGAGGGUCACAGGUUGUGGAGUUGGGAUAUAGGAAGGGUCACAGGUUGUAGAGAUAAGAUAUAGGAAGGGUAACAGGUUGUAGAGAUGGGAUAUAGGAAGGGUCACAGGUUGUGGAGGUGGACUAUAGGGAGGGUCACAGGUUGUGGAGGUGGACUAUAGGGAGGGUCACAGGUUGUGGAGUUGGGAUAUAGGAAGGGUCACAGGUUGUAGAGAUAAGAUAUAGGAAGGGUAACAGGUUGUAGAGAUGGGAUAUAGGGAGGGUCACUGGUUGUGGAGGUGGAAUAUAGGAAGGGUCACAGGUUGUAGAGAUGGGAUAUAGGGAGGGUCACUGGUUGUGGAGGUGGAAUAUAGGAAGGGUCACAGGUUGUGGAGGUGUAAUAUAGGGAGGGUCACAGGUUGUGGAGGUGGGAUAUAGGAAGGGUCACAGGUUGUAGAGAUGGAAUAUAGGAAGGGUCACAGGUUGUAGAGAUGGGAUAUAGUGAUGAUCACAGGUUGUAGAGGUGGGAUAUAGUGAGGGUCAGGUUGCAGAGGUGGAAAAUAGUGAGGGUCAGGUUGCAGAGGUGGGAUAUAGGGAGGGUCACAGGUUGUGGAGGUGGGAUAUAGGAAGGAUCACAUGUUGUGAAGGUCAGGGAAAAACUUGAUAAUGACGUCAUUACAUUUAGAGUGAUUGAGGGGGUAAGGUCAGAGGAUUUGAGGAAAAACAUCUAAAAUUAGCUAAAAAUAAGUGGAGUUAUUAGCAAACUGUAUCCGAUCUGUGAUCUUACAACAUACAGUUAUAUAAGGCACCAUGCAGAGGGUUAUCUUAACUAUGAAAUGGCAUUCAACUUUCACUAGAAUAAGACACAUGUUAAGGUAUUGUGCAGCACCACCUCCAAAUGGGCUAGUGGCAUAUGUAAGACACAGUUUUGGUCACAAUGCACUGUAGCCAUUGCCACAAGAUGCUGGGAUAUGUAGUUAGAUACAUUAAUGAACCGAACACUAAUUACUGAGAGUUUGAGGUCUGUUAUACUGGGAUAUUCCAUGAACUGUGAUCAAAGCCACUAUAUUCACAUAUGGCCCUUGGGAGUUCAUUUCUUAUGCAUUGUGACCAUGGCCACUGAGAUCUGUGACAGCGCCCAUACAUACAGAGUGAUACAGAAAUCUCCUGUUUGCAGCCUGACACUGGUGUGUCUUAUUAUGGAGAGUAAAGGUCCAAUGCCCCCAUUUAGCUACCCUACAGAGCCUGUCCCCUAUGUGUUGUGGGCAGCUGGUGAUCUCUACAUUUAUGCUUCUACCUAGGACAUUAUGUGCUGGCACCAAAAUAUAUCUUAAAUACAAAUAGGCUUUCAUUGACCCCUCAAUGUUAAUAUUUGUAUAUGUUGUCAGUAUCCAUCUAUCAAGUGAAUUAUUUUGAUUAAUGUUAUUUCUUUAAUUUUUGUGCUUUUUUAUACUAUGUAAUUGUGCAAAUAUAUAACUUGUCUGUAAAGCCUGUAUAAUAAGUACAUCUAGGUAGGGUCACCUGGUGCAGUCAUUGAUGGAGUAGUUUGCACUGUGUGGAAGGGGGCCCACAUGAUUUGUAGCCAGGGGAUUUAGAUAUUCAAAUGAUGUGUGGAGGGGCGCUGGUGGGCUAUGAAAUCGGUCAUGUGUUAUGGCUGUAUCUGGGUACAUAGUUGGGUUUAGGAGGUGGUGGGGAGACAGAGUCACGGGUGGUCUGGGGGUGGAUUGGGUCGGAGGUUGUGAGUGGAGUGAUGAUGGGUCAUAGUGUUUGGAGAUGGGGCAUUGCUGGGUUCACAUCUGAGGAAUGGAAGAGUCGCAGGAAAUGAGAUGUUUAUUGUUUUGUGGCUUGGAACUGGGCAUGUGGUGCUCACGAAUGUGUGGAACUGGGCAUGUGGUGCAUUCGAAUGUGUGGAACUGGGCGUGUGGUGCUCACGGAUGUGUGGAACUGGGCAUGUGGUGCUCACGGUGUGGAACUGGAGCAGUGCAGAUGGUCACAAGGUGUGUUGGAUGAGUUGUUGAGUGGGUUCAAAGGUCACUGUGGGUGAAGUUUAGCAAUGGAGUGGCAUGCAUAAAAUUUGAAUGAACCCCUUAGUGUGUCACAAGGUGCAGAGAUGCGUAAUCGAGUGGGUCACACUGUUUGUAGUUGUGCAGCCAUGUAACAAAAGCCUGGGAAUUUACAUGGCUGCACAACUACAAACAGUGUGACCCACUCCACAAUUUCCAUUAAAAUGAAAUUGUCAGAGUGUGUGUGACAUAAUGCCUUUUAUCUCCUCAGCUCUACGCCGACGCACAGGAAUGCAUAAGUUUAUUAUCGCAGCUACUUGGAACAAAGAAAUUCUUCUUUGGAGACUCGUAAGUAUCUGGAAAAUGAGCAUUUACCUGUGAGAUUCCACAUGUGCAGAGGUUCAGUAAUCCAUUCUGUCACUGUGUGACCCUCUGUUAACUUUAGCAGCAGGUAUAGUAAGAAGCAUUUUAAUUCACACAUGUCCAUCAGACAGCAGCACAGGGGUAAUAUUUGCAUGAGAUUUUUUGAGUGUUCUGUUACAGGAAAAGCUUGUUGGUGUCUCCUCUUAUUUAAUCAGAUAAUUUCAUGGAGAAACAAGCAAAACACUAGUUCACUGUUCUCAUUCAGCUUCAAGAUAAAAGGAGAUAUUUAAAAUAAAUAAAUCUCUCUCUCUCUCUCUCUCUCUCUCUCUCUAUAUAUAUAUAUAUAUAUAUAUAUAUAUAUAUUACAUCAAAUCAGGGACCAUAGACCUUAAUGAGUUGCUAGUAGGCUAAGGCUGCAGUCGCCCCCUUUAUUUUUUAAACUCUUUUCAAGCCUCAAUCGGAAACGUCUUAAAGGUAUCUGCCUCAGAUGUAUUCUUUGAGGACGUGAAAAGCUGCAGAUCCUUCUUUCCAUUACAUUCGACAACAAAAGAUCUGAUCUUGAAUGAAUGGUCUGAACCUGAGAAAAAAGUUCUCUCUUCAAGGGAAGAAUUUAUCCGUUUGACAAUAAGGAAUGUAAGAGUUGGAACUCUUGGAAGAUGCAACUGUUAUUAGGCUGGUUAAAAAGACCACCCUCCCUAAAGAUAGUAUAUAUUUUAGAGAACCUAUGGAAAAGUAGAUUGAUUCAGAUCUAGGGAAAAGGUAUUUGGCUUUGGUUUCAGACUUUCAUCCCAUGGUGGUUAUGACAUCAGUGUCAAGAGCUCUAAAGAUUUGGAUUGAUAAUCUUGAAGAAGACUUUGCUAAAGGCAUUUGGAGAGAAAACUUGAUUGAUUCCCUCAAAGAAUGUUGUCUAUCAGUAUCUCUAAAGCUCCUUUGGACAUUACUAAAAUUAUUGCCAAAAGUAUGGCAUAAUCAGUGGCUUCUCAGUUAGCUCUAUGGCUUCAUUCCUGGGGCACAGGUUAUUCAUCUAAGGCUAAUCUAUGCGCCCAUACCUUUUAAGAAGAUAACCUUUUCGGCAAAGCCUUAGGUAAUUCUAUCCAGAAAGUAGCUGAGGGCUGAAAGCCUUUCUUCCACAAGAGGGAAAAUGUCUUUCUCCAUCUUAAUGUAGAUUUAAAAGAUACAGAGAUUGCUCCUUACAGACCUGGCAGAGAGUACUACAGAAAUAAUUCUUGGACAGUUUCACAAUCCUCAGCUUCAGAAUCAAUUAAGGAAGAGGACAGAGAUCCAAUACCAAGUCAUUGCGAAGGAGUACAGGCUUAGACCUUGAAAAUAGGUGGCCGUGUAAGAGGAUUAUUUCAGAUCUUGACUACAAACAUCAAAAUCAGGCAAUCAUCAGAGAAAAAUUCAUAGUAACAAGGAAAUUUGGGAAAUCCACAGCUCCUUCCUGGGUAAAAUUUCAAGCCUGCAUUUCAAAGUUCUUUAAUUAAGGAGUAAUCUUAGAAGUGCCCCUACAAGAACACUACAAAAUAUUAUACUCUAAAAAAAAAAAAAUGUAAACUAAUUUUAGACCUAAAAAUCAUAAAUGUUCCUGAGGAAAGAAAUCAUACAAUAUGGAAUCCUUGGCAUCUAUACGAGCCUUACACAAAGGAGAUUGGCCCACAAGCAUUGACUUGAAAGAUACAUUAUGCCAGAUACCAAUUCACAAGAAGUAUGUGAAAGUUCUCCAUUUCCAUGUCCUGGGGAAACACUUCCAGUUUGUGGUUCUCCCUUUUGGGUUCAGUCAGCCCCCAGGAUAUUUUUCAAAAGUUCUUAUUUCAUUAAUACCAGUAAUCAUAAAGCAAGGAAACCAGAUUACCUGGAUGUUAUCCUUAUUAUAGCCCAGAGUUAGAGAGUUGGUGUUCAAGAUAAAAAUGAUGCUUUACUUAGAAGAACACGGUUGGAUUCUGAAUCAACAGAAAAGCAACCUAGUUCUGGCAACCUCAAUUGUUUUUCUAGGGGCUCAGAUCCAUACAGAAAUGGCAGUUAUAAAAUUGUCAGAAGAAAGAAAAGCCUGAUUAAAAGACAAGCUACAGACACUCUUAAACCAUGAGCCUUCUGAGAUCUCUCACCUCGACAAUAGGCUUGGUCAGAUGGUUUCACUGACAGGUCAGACUAGCUCAAAGGAUUUUUUGGAACCAGCUAAUUUGUGUUGCAAAGGAACUCAAACUGAACUUGUUCUGGUGGAUGGAAGAUCAAAAUCUGAGCCAAGGUUUUCAUCUGGAUAUAUGUCACUACAGAUGCCAGUAGAAGAGGAUGUGGAGCACACUGCAAAGACCGAAUGGCUAAAGUUUGGCCAACUCAGUUAAUGCAUCUACAAUCAAAUCUCUUGGAGCUGUUUUCAGAGCAUUGAUGAGUUUUGCUCCACUUAUGAUAGAACAGUAUGAUUUAAUAAAAACAGAGAGUCGGACAGUAGAUUCAUAUGUAAAUCAUCAAGGAGGGAAUAGGAGUGUGAAACUCAUCAAAGAAUUGAAACCUAUGAUGUUUUGGACACCAUCUCAAAGGCCUCAAUGCAGUUUAGCUUCCAGGGAAAGAGAAUGCUUUGGCAUAUUUCUUGAGCAGAUCGAAUCUGAAUCCAGGAGAGUGGAGCCUUGAAAAGGAAAUAUUUCUUCAAAUUGUGAAGAAGUAGGGAAUGCCUCAAAUAGACUUCAUAGCAUCAUCCAAGAAUGCUCACUUUGCAAGAUUGUUGUCCAGCAAACUAGACCUUUAGGCAGGACCUGAAUUGAGAAUGCAAUCUGGGAUAUGUGUUUGCCCCAAUCCCUAUAAUACAUUGAAUCCUGAGAAAGAUUUGGAAAGCCAAUAUCAAGGUGAUUGCCAUUAUUCCACUUUGGCCGAGGAGGCCUUUGCUUCCUGUAUUGCUCAAAAUGAGGUUUAGAGGAACCAUGGAUGCGUCCCAAUGUGUGGGACCUUUUUCGCCAAAGGUCAGCAAUCUAUCCUUCUCCUCAGUCUCUGAACCUUUCAGCAUGGCUUUUGAGAAGCCACUUUAGCCACCAGGACAACUACAGCUUAUUGUAUUUGUUCUGGUGAGUAGAAUCAUUUCUCUUCAGGCAUUUUUCAGUAAACACUGUCUUUUCAGAGAAAAUCCAGUGUUUACAUUCCUAGGGAUACCUUCACUGGCCACUCAGGCUGCUAGGGGUGCUUGCUUGGGCAAUGCUACACGCUGCCAUUCAGUGCUUCCACCCUCUGCAUUCAGACACUGAACUCUCCUCAUAGAGAUGCAUUGAUUCAAUGCAUCUCUAUAAGGAGAUGCUGCUUACCCAGGGCUGUGUUUGGCUUGUGCUGGCUCUGCCCCUGAUCUGCCUCCUUGACAGUCAGUUCUAUGUGAAAGAAUUGUGAUUGGCUUGGAAUAUCACUUCUAAUUAUGCCAGCCAAGCAGGCAGAUCAGGGACAGAGCCAGCAGCUGCAGACUUGAAUAAAAGUAAGAUUUUACUAUAUAUUUUUUGUGUGGUAGAGGGGCAAAGGGGGCUAGAUGGUGGUUUUAACACUAUAGGAAUACGUUUGUGUUCCUGACACUAUAGUGUUGCUUUAAGGCUAGAAAGUCUACUUCAGCCACAUAUCACAUUUGGGACAAUUUUAAAGAAUGCUCAGAUACAAAGAAAAUACGUUUUCUAAAUCCAUCCUAUUCAGAUAUUCUCACUUUUUUUGCAAGAGGGAUUAAAAAAAGAGAGCCCGAACUCUCUAAAAGUUAGUCUCAGAUAUGUUUUGGUUUUUUUUAAAUCAAAUUUCCAAGAAAACCAGAGUGAGCAAUUUAUAAUUGAUAGGACAGUCCUAUCACCCGGAAGUGAUCGCGGGGCACCGAAAAACGGCGCAAAAUUCAAUCACAGAUGAAGAUAGAUAUAGAGCACCAAGAAAGGACAUUUACCAUGCACUUUGAAAAAGACCCCAAGUUCGAAACGCUUUAGUGCUGGUGGAUUUUUUAUUUGUAUGCAGUUGGCUUAUGCUGUAUGCCUUCUUUUACUCUAUGUUAUUGUAUCCAGUAAAGUUUAUUUUAUCAUUUAUUCUGGAUCCUGCUAUUCUUCUUUUGGCAUUGAAAAGGAGACAUCACAUGGGAAUUCCACAGCCUGAAUAAGCUAAAUAUUAUUCAACUGCUAUCUAAGCCAGAGCCUGCUUGUUGUGGCUCUGGAAAGUGUGAGUGACCCAAAACCUCUGCAAUAGAUCUUUUAUAUACAUGUAACAGUAUUAUGCUAUGAUUUCUUUGUUAUCUGUGUCAGAUCAAGAGGUUCCUCAUGUAUAAGUAUACUAUUUAAAACGGUUGUAUUAUUGUGCACCCUCCAUUACUUUUUACUCUCUUUCUAAACACUUAAGUGCUUUUUGAGUGAUUUUAGGCACUGGGGGUAGUUGUAUUUUUUCUGUGUACACUACAGUGCCAAUCCACCAUUAUCUUUUCCUGUUUGGAUUUAAUAUCUUCUUAUAUGUCUGUAUUAAACAAGAGUGCAGGUGUAUGAAAGGGGUGUCAUUAGGAGGUUAAGGAUCAAAGAGAAACAAUACAGAGAAUAUGAUGGGUGAUGGAGAGGAGAGAAAGAACAGCAAACUGAUUUGUUACGAGAGCUGGGCUUGUUACUCUUUAGGGAAGACGCACUGGUGGGUCACAAAUGUGCCUCCCUGGUGUCACUGGUUGUUGACCCACUAAGUGCUGCUGCUCCGUGGAGUGCAACCCUUGCUGUGCUACAGAUUGCAUGCUCACCUGGUCUAACCUUUCUCUUCUGACAUUCCUCCUUGCAGGCCUGCCUCUCUUGAUGCACACAUUUUCAGCCAUUUAGCGCUAAUUCUGAACACUAAACUACCCAGCAACAGGUUACAGCAACACUUGAAAACACUGAAUAACCUGUGUCAAUACUGCAACUCAAUACUCAACAUUUACUUUGAACGGGAAGGAGGUAAGUCCUUUGCCACUCGGCAGAUAUUAUGUAUCCACAUCAACACCUUAGCUACCUGGCCAUUUUACACCGGUGUGCUAAAGCCAUUUUUAGGGUUUUGCUCUUUUUAUGCUCAUUGUACUUAAACACACAAUAUUAGUGCUUUUUCUAUGAAUUAUAUGUUGUUGUUUUUUCAGCAGAUCAUUCACUUGUAGAAUCUAUACAUAUACUCUGUAUAUUUUAAACUGUACAAAAUUCAGAUUUUUAUCUUAAUAUUUACGUGGUUUAUUCAAUAAAGUCCGAAGGCCCACCGUACGGAAUGGGUUAUUCAGACUGCAUAAUCCAGACAUUGUUCAUGCAAUUUAACAACAUCCAGAUUUUUGCAAUUCAGGCCCCAAACUGGCCUGAACUUGGCCCCGACUUCAGCUGGACUGAAUGCCGCAGGACGACUGACAUCCAGACCAUAUAAAUUAAAUCUGGGCCAAAGAGCUUCAGAUCUGUGCCUGGAUUUUAAAAAAUCCAAACUUUUUGCCUGGCAGCACUAGCAGCUAUACUGAGACACUAUAGUCACCAAAACAACUUUAGCUUAAUGAAGCAGGUUUGGGGUACAGAUCAUGCCCCUAUAGUCUAACUGCUCAAUUCUCAGCCAUUUAGGAGUGCUACAUUAAGCCAAAAUUGUUUUGAUGCCUAUAGUAUCCCUAUAAAAACCCUCGGCUGUGCGAGGAUUAAUGAUGUGGUGGUUGACCAACCGCCUAUUAAAAAGGUAAAAAAAUAAAUAUAAAACCUAUGACAAUAAGACCCUGGGUGUGUGCUGAGGGGGGAGGGGUCAUUAGGUCCUCUCCCUUUAAUAUCAAUGUUAGGGCCCCCAUACCAGUGGGUGGGGGCCAAGCUGGUACACUAGGUCCUUCCCCCUGAAUAUUAUAAUUCCCCCCCCCCCCCAUUUAUUGUAUGUGGGGUUUAUGUCACCGUUAUAGCAAUGGCUGCCAAGUCGCUAGUUUUACCAUGUUAGUAGAUGUGUGGCAGGUGGGGAAGUUGUUAAGCCUUCCUUAUAGUAAUAUGGGGUUCUAUUGACCGCAAAAGGUUUUUUUCUUUGUUUUAACUUUUUAAUGUGGCAGCUGGCUAGCAAGUGCUGUCCCUCAUCCACAUAAUUAAAGGAUAACUAUAAGGUCAGGAACACAAACAUGCAUUCCUGACCCUAUAGUGUAAAAACCACCAUCUAGCCCCCCUGGGCCCCUCAUGCCUCCAUAAAUAUAGUAAAAAUCUUACUGUAUUGAAGCCUGAAGCUGUAACUCUGCAUGCUGUUAGACUCAGAAAAACAGUCUGCUGACAUCAUCAGAAGUGGUUGCCUGAUCCAUUCACAAUGAUUCCACAUAGGAUUGGCUGAGACUGACAAAGAGGAAGAUCAGGGGCAGAGCCAGCACAAUUCAAACACAGCCCUGGCCAAUCCGCAUCUCCUCAUAGAAAUGAAUUGAAUCAGGAGUGGCCAGUGAAGUUAUCACUAGGCUGAAAAGACAGUGUUUACAGCAAAAAGCCUGAAGGUAAUGAUUCUACUCACCAGAACAAAUUCAAUAAGCUGUAGUUGUUCUGGUGACUAUAGUGUCCCUUUAACCGUCAUGAAGCAAAGAGUUAGAAUAUUACUUCAAAUUAUUGUUCACUUGCAUACCAGUGCCUUGUGAAUUUGGUGAUUUUUACUGGAGUUUGUAUGUCUGAUGCCCAAACUCACCUAGCAAAGACGAAUAAUAAUAAACAUAAAAUAAUUGCACUAAAAAUUCUGCUAUAUAGGCAUAAGAUUUUUUUCAGAUAAGGGGUCUCAUGCUCAUCUAUAUAAUUUGAGGGCAAUAGGGAGCUAUGUAGGGAUAAUUGUGGGGCAUGGCACAAUAUGUCUGACAGCUACCCCACACCCCAUGAUUUGUGAUCACAGUUGCCAUUGUGAGCUUCCUGGGUGCUUAAAGGCUCUCCUUUUUCAAAAGAGGGUCCAUUUAGCCUAUUUUUGUGCUCAUACAAGUAACAAAGUUAUUUUUAGGGCAUUGAGCACCUAGUAGGCUGAUGAUAGCCAUUCCUAAUUAGACCCCUGAUUUGAAAUAGAAUCCUCCCCUAUUUCAUAUAAAGGGUAUUAAGUAUUGUGUGGUAUUAUGUAUUUAAGGAAUAGUAUCUUGUUUGGAACCCCUGUCCCCCAUUCCCUUAUGAGUUGAUUGCCAUUUUUAUUUUCACCUACCCAUAAUGAAACACCACACUGCCUUCCGAAAUGGCAUUAUGCCACUCUGGGAUUGCUAGAAGCUUUAAAAGGUGUCUGGAUCAGGCGGUCACUAUUAUUUUAGUAAUCAUCUGUAGAUUAUAUGGACAUGUAAAUCCCCUCCAUAGACUGCUGUCCUUGUAGACAGUGAGGUAGGAGAUCUAUGUUUCUAACGUGAUCAUCUGUAUUCUAGGCAGACAAGUGACAGCUCAUUUGAAAUAACAUAUUCUUCUUUAUCAAGCAAGGGCUUUCCUAAUCCUUUAGUUGGUGCAGUGUGAGAUACAAAUUCCCAUAUCUCUGCACCACUUCAGUGAGAAAGUGCCACGGUGUCAUCGCGCAGCUGGAUGGCGCCUUUUUUAAUAUAAUGUGGAAGACUAGUUUGUUUCGUAUUCGUCAUGAGUUACAGAAGAGCAAACAUACAACGCAUUUCAGAAAUGCUACAGCAUAGAGUCUUCAUCCGCAGUGAAAGCGUUAUGGAUAUAACAAGGGUUUUAUUACAUAGUUAUUAAGGCUGAAAAAAAGACUAGCAUCCAUCAUGUACACCUUUUCUUACAUCAUCUUUAUAUGUUAAAAUUCUGUUUGGCAUUAUUAUAAAUACACAUAUUUUGGUUUAAUCACUAAACUUUGAAUUGUAGCAAAUUUUAAUCCAAAUGGCAAAAUUACAAUUAAAUUGUGACUACAGCUGAGUUGGAUAAUAUUCUCCAAAUCAGCGAUUUAAGCCUCAAUUUUUUCAUUUAGAUUUUUAUUUCUUCAUGAUUAAAGAUAAGUGAAAAAACUCUAUAAGAAUAUAUCCACAUGGCAUUAUCUUAUAUUAUAUACCUGUAACCCAUGCACUCCGAGAGGAAACAUGUUAUUAGACCCCAGCUAACACUGCUCUGUGUCCACCUUAAUCUUUCAGACAGCAUUCCUCGUGUGGCCCCAAAAACACCAACUGCAGAGACACCAGAUUCUGAUGAGGAACCCCACAAACGGCGUAACCAGAUCCUUUCGGUGGCAGUUGCUCUUCUGGCUAUGGUUGGAUACGCUUUACUAACUGGGAUUGUCUCAAUCCAGCAUGUGGCGUCAGACUCUGCCCUUGAACGACGUCUCACAGUGGAUGACAAUGAAGAAGAUGAGGAGUGAGACAGAGUGGACCAUUUUAGUUCCCAAGACACUUUGCAUUCCGUACCCUUAACUAUAGGGGGCUGGAGAUCACAGGACUCAGCUUAUUUUUGGACUUGAAACAUUAAAAGUUAUGAUUUCUCUUAUGUAAGUCUCUGCAUUGUCUGGUAUGACGUUAGUAGUGAUUGGAGGAAAGUUACGUUGAUACCAAGAGAGUAAUGGACCCUUUUGCUGAGAGUUUCUAAACUAUAGUGUGAAGGUCUAUACUGCUAUCAGCAGCAGAACGUCAGGCAGACAUUACAAUGAG